CAGAAUGUUCUGAAAUGAUAAUUGUGGAUAGGAAGAAUGCCAUUGUGGAUAUCUGAAAUGCUCUUUUCGACUAGCAAGAAUUGAAUUACAGAUAUCUGUAAUACAUAUCCAGUCUAGCGAUUAAAUGUAAACGGUUUGCCAUAGGCAUACGGAGCUGAGUUUUCCGCCGAGUUCAUAGUUGUCCCGAGUUAUACAGAGUUAAUAGCCACCACCCAGCCAAUCAGAAAAUAGCAUUUGUUGUUUCCGGGUAAAUUCCAAAAUAAGUUACAUGUGAUCAAGCACGUUGUUACAUGGAUACACAGACGGAGUGCAGACACGGUGGGAGUGGUAGGACAGGAUCCGAUGAACGCGGUAGGCGGGGCUCUCGGGUCUCAUGCUCCGCCCGAAACAGAUAUGAUGUAACUGCAAACUGUAGAUGAAACUCCAGAGCUCUGUUUAAGUGUGAUUCAAGUGUUUUAUCUUAACCUCAACUUUGCUGCAACAGUUAAUACAUUUUGAGAAAAUUACACAGUUUUGUCUUUGAUACCCCCAAUAGCUUUGUUCUCCCCAUUUAUAAAUUUCUCAAGUCGUCACUGUUAAUGAUUUAAGUGCAGUACCCUUUUUACAUGCAUGAUAAUCCUGAAUGGAUGUUAUAAAAGAAUUAUUCUUAUUGUUACUAAUUAUUAACCCUGCGCUGUGCCGCUGAGUCCGUGUCAAUUUCUUGUCCGAUACUUAACUGAUCAUUUCCUGUAAACGAAAGUGGAAGUGGCGCCAUUUUACAGACGAAGUCGCCAUUUUAUCAAGAAGAAGACGUGAAUAUGAUUCUGGAAUAAUAUAAAGAUAUUCUGUGUUUCAAGCGCAGCUGAAUAACAGGAAGUGAUCACGAACGCCGGCUGCACGUGUCCAGGAUAAUCGACUAGAUGUUUGCUAGACCCCAUCAGGAAUCAUCUGGUCUGGAUCAGCACAGAAAUGGAGAAGGAGAGAAGAACAAGAAGAGCUUCAUUUGAAAUGCUUGUGGGGUGUAAGAGAAAGAGCACUGAGAGAGACCCCAGCAGAAAUCAUCUGGUCUGGAUCAGCAGAAAAAUGGAGAAGGAGAGAAGAACAAGAAGAGCUUCAUUUGAAAUGCUUGUGGGGUGUAAGAGAAAGAGCACUGAGAGUGUCCUGAUGGAGAGAGCAGACUCCCCUGUACCCAGCUGUUUUUCCCUGAAGAGUGACAGGUCAUUGGCUCAACCAAUCAACUUCAGAGAGGGACCUUUUCCUACAGAUCGAAGUGUCCUGAUGGAGAGAGCAGACUCCCCUGUACCCAGCUGUUUUUCCCUGAAGAGUGACAGGUCAUUGGCUCAACCAAUCAACUUCAGAGAGGGACCUUUUCCUACAGAUCGAAGUGUCCUGAUGGAGAGAGCAGACUCCCCUGUACCCAGCUGUUUUUCCCUGAAGAGUGACAGGUCAUUGGCUCAACCAAUCAACUUCAGAGAGGGACCUUUUCCUACAGAUCGAAGUGUCCUGAUGGAGAGAGCAGACUCCCCUGUACCCAGCUGUUUUUCCCUGAAGAGUGACAGGUCAUUGGCUCAACCAAUCAACUUCAGAGAGGGACCUUUUCCUACAGAUCGAAGUGUCCUGAUGAAGAGAGCAGACUCCCCUGUACCCAGCUGUUUUUCCCUGAAGAGUGACAGGUCAUUGGCUCAACCAAUCAACUUCAGAGAGGGACCUUUUCCUGCAGAUCAAAGAGACCAAAUGGAAGAAUGCAGCUCAGAUCUACAUGAUAAAUCGGGUUUAUCAUCCAUAUCAAAGUUACUAGAGGAAAAAGCCGUAAAGUUCCUAAAGGACGAGCUGAAGAAGUUUGUGAGGUACCUAGAUCAGAAUUACCCAGAAUGCUCUGAGCCUCAGCUGGAGGAGGACAAUGACCUGGACAGUGAUGGUCAGAUGCAGAAGACCUGUGGCAGAGAGGGAGCUCUGAAGAUCACACUGUACAUCCUGAGGACCAUGAAGCAAAAUGAUCUCGCUGACAUGCUGGAGAAGAGACAGCUCAUGCUGCAAUAUCAGCAGAAAAUCAAGUGUAAACUUAAGAGGCAAUUUGAGUGUAUAUUUGAAGGGAAGGCUAUGGAAGGACAGCCAACACUUCUCAAUGAGAUUUACACAGAACUCUACAUAACUGAAGGUGGGACUGGAGCAGUCAAUGAUGAACAUGAAGUGAGACAGAUUGAAACAGCAUCCAAGAAAAGGCGAACAGAAGAUACUACAGUCAAGUGCAAUGAUAUAUUUAAACCCUUAUGUGGGCGUGAGACACCUGUCAGAACUGUACUCACUAAAGGGGUGGCAGGUAUCGGGAAAACAGUCUCUGUACAGAAAUUUAUUCUCGACUGGGCAGAAGGAAAAGCAAACCAGGAUGUUCACUUCAUAUUUGCUCUUCCUUUCCGGGACCUGAAUUUGAUUAAGGAGGAAUACAGUCUGAUUGAACUGCUUCACCGCUUUGUCCCAGAACUGAAAUCUCUUGAAUCCACUGAGCUGUUUAGGUACAAAGUCUUGUUCAUCUUUGAUGGUCUGGAUGAGUGUCGCCUUCCUCUAAAUUUUCAGAACAAUGAGAGCUGGUUUGAUGUAACAACGAAAAUGUCACUGGAUGUGCUGUUGACUAACCUCAUUAAGGGGAAUCUGCUUCCACCCUCUCUACUCUGGAUAACCUCUCGGCCAGCAGCAGCCAAUCAGAUACCUUCUAAGUAUGUCCACCAGGUGACAGAGAUACGAGGGUUUAGCGAUGCCCAGAAGGAGGAGUAUUUCAGGAAGAGAUUUAGUGAUCAGAGCCUGGCCAGCAGGAUUAUCACACAUGUGAAAUCAUCAAGGAGCCUCUUCAUCAUGUGCCACAUACCUGUGUUCUGCUGGAUUUCAGCCACUGUCCUUGAGAGGAUUUUUAGUGAGACUGACAGGGGAGAAAUUCCAAGGACUCUGACUGAAAUGUACACACACUUCCUGAUCUUUCAGACUACAUUAAAAAAUGACAAGUAUAUGAAAAACUAUGAAACCAAGCUUAAGAAAUACAGCAAGAAAUUUCUUUUGAAACUUGGUAAAUUGGCUUUUGACAACCUUGAGAAAGGCAAUCUCAUAUUUUAUGAGCAAGAUUUGACAGAGAAUGGCAUUGAUGUCACUGAAGCUUCAGUUUACUCUGGAUUGUGCACAGAAGUCUUUAAAGAGGAGUAUGGGUUGUAUCGGGAGAAGGUGUACUGCUUUGUGCAUCUGAGCAUCCAGGAGUAUCUCGCUGCUUUAUAUGUGUUUUUGUCAAAAAUAUCAACUAAACUGCUGAAGACUGCAGUAGAUCAGGCAUUAAAGAGCAAGAAUGGACACUUGGACCUCUACCUCCGCUUCCUCCUGGGCCUCUCAACAGACUCCAGUAAGACUCUGUUACAAAGGCUACUGGGAAAGACAAGAAUCGGCUCACAUACCAUUAAGGAAAUGGAGCAAUACAUCCAUCCAUCCAAUACUUGUUUCCCUGUGUCCUCAGGGCUGCUGGGGUCUGAAGCUUUUCCCCAAAGCUCUGUGCCCAUGGCAUGGAAUAACCCAGGAUGGGAUGCCAGUCUAUCACAGCCUCAAUACAUCCAUCCCUCCAAUGUCUGUCCCCCCGUGUCCUCGGGGCUGCUGGGGACUGAAGCUUUUCCCCAAAGCUCCAUGCCCAUGGCAUGGAAUAACCCAGGAUGGGAUGCCAGUCUAUCACAGCCUCAAUACAUCCAUCCCUCCAAUGUCUGUCCCCCCGUGUCCUCGGGGCUGCUGGGGACUGAAGCUUUUCCCCAAAGCUCCGUGCCCAUGACAGGGACUGACCUAGAAUUGGGUGCCAGUCUAUCGCUGGCCGAAUACAUCAAGAAGAAAAUACAGAAGAAAUUAUCUCCGGAAAGGACCAUCAACCUGUUCCACUGUCUGGUUGAGCUGGGUGACAGUUCUCUAAUACAGGAAGUACAAAGAUACCUGAAUUCAGGGAGCCUUUCAGCAGAAGAUCUCUCACCUGCACAGUACUCAGCUCUGGCCUUUGUGAUGCUGAUGUCAGAUGAGGAGCUGGAUGUGUUUGAUAUGAAGAAAUACAUCAGAUCAGAUGAAGAGCACUGGAGGCUACUGCCUGUGGUCAAGAACUCCAGGACGGCUCUGCUGAACAGCUGUGAUCUCAUAGAUGAACACUGUGAAAUGCUGACUUCAGCUCUAAGAUCAAACUCCUCACCCCUGAGAGAGCUGGACCUGAGUGACAAUGACCUAAAGAAUAAAGGAGUGAUGCUGCUCUCUGCUGGACUGGGGGAUUCACACUGUAAACUGGGGUUACUAAGGCUGUCAAGCUGUAGAGUCACAGAAGAUGGCUGUUCUUCUCUGGCUUCAGCUCUGAGGUCAAACCCCUCACACCUGAGAGAGCUGGAUCUGAGCUACAAUGACCUGCAUGAUUCAGGAGUGAAGCUGCUCUCUGCUGUACUGGAGGAUCCCAGCUGUAAACUGGAGGCACUGAGGCUGUCAGGCUGUAGAGUCACAGAAGAUGGCUGUUCUUCCCUGGCUUCAGCUCUGAGGUCAAACCCCUCACACCUGAGAGAGCUGGACCUGAGUGACAAUGACCUGCAGGAUUCAGGAGUGAAGCUGCUCUCUGCUGUACUGGAGGAACCCAGCUGUAAACUGGAGAAGCUGAAGAUGUCAGGCUGUAGAGUCACAGAAGAAGGCUGUUCUUCCCUGGCUUCAGCUCUGAGGUCAAACCCCUCACACCUGAGAGAGCUGGACCUGAGCUACAAUCACCCAGGAGACUCAGGAGUGAAGCUGCUCUCUGCUGUACUGGAGGAUCCCAGCUGUAAACUGGAGAAGCUGAAUGUGGAUCAUGGUGGAGAGUGCAGGACCAGACCAGGCUUACAGAAAUACUCCUGCCAGCUGACGCUGGACCCCAACACAGCAAACAGACUCCUGUCUCUGUCAGGGGGGAACAGGAAGGUGACACGGGGGGCAGAGGAGCAGCCAUAUCCUGAUCAUCCAGAGAGAUUUGACAACAUCCACCAAGUUCUGUGCAGAGAGAGUCUGACUGGCCGCUGUUACUGGGAGGCUGAGUGGGAUGGAGAUGGAGCCUGGAUAGGAGUCACUUAUAAAGGGAUCAGGAGGAAAGAAGGGAAUGACUGUCUGCUUGGAUUCAAUAACAAGUCAUGGUGUCUGAGCUGUGAUCCUGACAGUUACUCUGUCUGGCACAAUUAUAAACAGACUCUCAUACCCAUACGGCCCUCAGGCUCCCGCAGAGUAGGAGUGUAUCUGGACUGGGGGGCUGGUGCUCUGUCCUUCUACAGAGUCUCCUCUGAUGGACUGACCCCCCUGUACAGACUCACCUCCUCAUUCACUGAGUCCCUCUAUCCAGGGUUUUAUGUUCAUAACUCCUCAGUGUCACUGUGACGUGUUGCUGGUUCUCCUGGCAAAAAGGUCAAAUCUCUGCUUUUUAACCUUUAUAAUACUUUUUGCUCUGAAAUGUAUGUUUGACAAAAAUAAGUUUUUCUCUCUGACUAAAAUGUAACUAAAUGUAAUCCUGAUUGGGGGGGGCUUUCCCCCUCCCCUGUAUAUGUACAUUUUAUAUAUUUACGCCUAUUUACUGUAUUUCCUCCCUGUAAAAUGACAAUAAAGGUUUUCUGUUCUGUCCUA